UCUCGGUGGUUACAAUUUCAAGCCGCUGGACGGAGUUGUGGAGCGGUGGCCGUGACUGAGGCAGCGGGACACGGCGUGACGUGAUUGGUGUCGCCUCCACUGGGCGCUGAGUCCCUGCCAGGAGUGGAGAGCACUCUGCGGAAGUCCCGGAGCUCUGCUAUUUGGGGAGGGAGGGGGCUUGUGCCCCGGCGCUUUCUGUACGGAGUGCAGCAGGAACUCCCUGCCUGGUCCGGAUAGGUGCAGCCCUCAUGGGGCGGAAAGUUGGAGCCGUCAGUGUGUGACCUGUGGAGCAGGAGCAUGUGACCCUGGUGCCCGGGGCAGGUGUGACGAGAGGGCACUGCCUGGCUGAGUGUGAAGCGGACGCCGAGGAGCUGUGUGCUUGGACUGGAAGAUGAAGCUGAGCCGGCAGAUCACGGUGCUGGGCAGCGCUAUAUUCUGUGUGGUCAUCUUCUCCUUGUAUCUCAUGCUGGACCGGGGGCAGUUUGACCAACCUCAGAACCCCCGCAGAGAAGGAGCCUUCCCAAAGGGUCAGCUCUCCAUACUACAAGAGAAAAUUGAUCAUUUGGAGCGGCUGCUAGCAGAAAAUAAUGAGAUCAUCUCUAAUAUAAGAGACUCUGUAAUCAACCUGAGUGAGUCUGUAAAAGAUGGUCAGAAAAACCCAGAAGCCAUAAACUUUAGCCGUGGAUCAUUUUCCCCAUUAUUUCCCUCUGCACCUGCAUUGCUUCCAAUCAAUAAAGAGGAUUGCCAGUUUGCUUCUGCGAGUGGUAACCCGAAAUCUGACGUCCAGAUGCUGGAUGUUUAUGACAUUGUUCCAUUUGAUAAUCCGGAUGGUGGUGUAUGGAAACAAGGGUUUGACAUAACCUACGAUGAGCAUGAGUGGGAUAAUGAAGUUCUUCAGGUUUUCCUUGUGCCUCACUCUCACAAUGAUCCAGGAUGGGUGAAAACCUUUGAUGACUAUUUCAGAGACCAGACACAGCACAUUCUCAAUAAUAUGGUUGUAAAAUUGCAAGAAAAUAAGGAGAGAAAAUUCAUUUGGUCUGAGAUUGUCUACUUCGCCAAAUGGUGGGAUGGAAUUGACAGCCAGAAGAGAGAUGCUGUUAAGAAGUUAAUUGAGCAGAAACAGUUUGAGAUUGUUACGGGCGGAUGGGUUAUGGCUGAUGAAGCUUCCACUCACUAUUUUUGUUUAAUUGACCAAUUAAUAGAAGGGCACCAGUGGUUGGAGAAAAAUCUUGGUGUAAAACCAAAAUCUGGAUGGGCUGUGGAUCCGUUUGGACAUUCCCCAACCAUGGCAUACCUUCUAAAACGCUCAGGGCUGUCUAACAUGCUUAUUCAGCGUAUUCACUAUUCAAUAAAGAAACAUUUUUCUGCAAAAAAGACAUUAGAGUUCUUUUGGAGACAAAGCUGGGAUUUAGGAAGUAGCACCGACAUUUUGUGCCAUAUGAUGCCUUUCUACAGCUAUGAUGUUCCUCAUACGUGCGGUCCAGACCCAAAGAUCUGCUGUCAGUUUGAUUUUAAGCGUCUCCCUGGAGGUAGAAUCAAUUGUCCUUGGCGAGUGCCUCCUGAGCCUAUUCACGAGGGCAAUGUUGAACAUAGAGCCUGGAUGCUUUUAGAUCAGUACAGAAAGAAGUCAAAGCUCUACCGCACUAAAGUGCUCUUAGUCCCACUGGGUGAUGAUUUUCGCUACAGUGACAGCGCCGAGUGGGAUCAGCAAUACCAGAACUAUCAAAAGCUGUUUGAUCACAUGAACUCUCACCCUGAGCUCCAUGUUAAGGCAAAGUUUGGUACCCUGUCAGAUUUUUUUGAGGCACUGAGAAAAAACACCAAUAUUGAUGAGUCCAGCAGCCCAUCGUUCUUCCCAGUUUUAAGUGGAGAUUUCUUCACAUACGCAGACAGGGAUGAUCACUAUUGGAGUGGAUAUUUUACCUCACGGCCGUUCUAUAAACGCCUGGAACGAGUUAUAGAAUCUAAUUUAAGAUCUGCUGAGAUACUUUAUUCAUUAGCACAAGUACAUACUCAAAGAAGCAGCAAACUAAAGGCGUUCCCAUCAGGAGAGCAUUACAAAUUACUGACAGAAGCCAGGAGGAAUUUAGGACUUUUCCAGCACCAUGAUGCGAUCACUGGGACAGCUAAAGAAUGGGUAGUGGUGGAUUAUGGCACCAGGCUUUACCAUUCGCUGAUGAACCUGAAGAAGGUGAUCGUAGAUGCUACACAUGUUCUUAUUCUUAAGGAUAAAGGAGCCUACAUCUAUAAUCCAUCAUCGCCGUUUUUCAUUAUGGAUGAUGUGCAGAAAGCACAGGAUGCUUUACCUCAAAAGACGAUCAUAAAGGUGUCUGGGCACCCAAGGUCUUUUGUCAUGUAUAACCCACUGGAGCAAGAACGUACCUCUAUGGUUUCUGUUUAUGUUAGUUCGCCAAAAACUAAAGUCCUAAAUGCUGCAGGAAAAGCUGUGAAAUCCCAAAUUAGUGCAGUAUGGGAUGGCGCAACAGUGAUUUCACCCGACACUUACCAGGUCUCGUUUCUGGCACACUUGCCACCCCUUGGCCUAGCUGUCUACCAGCUUGUGGAAGCUGACAACGCAGAGUCUGUAAAAUCCGAAUACACUGUCUUUACCAGGGGCCGCAGUAACAAAGUCCUGUCUGACAACGUCUUCCAAAUAAAUGAGCUGGAUAACAUUGUUACCGACUUAACGAUAGAGAAUUCAUAUUUAAAGCUUUGGUUUUCACAGACCUCUGGGUUACUGGAGCAAAUGAAACUAAAGGAAGAUGGAAAAAUUCAUAAUGUGAAGGUGGAGUUUACCUGGUACGGUACUACAAACAACAGGGAUAAAAGCGGAGCUUACCUGUUCCUGCCUGAUGGUGAUGCCAAGCCUUAUGUGUAUGAUCCACCAAUUGUAAGGGUCACCCGUGGCGAUCUCUUCAGUGAAGUUGUUUGUUACUUCAGUCAUGUCACACACACGGCUCGGCUGUACAAUGUUGAAGGCCUUGAAGGGCAGUCUCCAGAAUUGACUAAUGUUGUGGACAUCCGAGGGGAAUUCAAUCGUGAGUUUGUCAUGAGAAUAUCAUCAGAUGUCAACAGUCAGAACAAGUUUUAUUCUGACCUUAAUGGGUUCCAGAUUCAACCCCGUCAAACUUUGAGCAAAUUACCUCUCCAAGCUAAUGUAUAUCCAAUGUCUACGAUGGCUUACAUUCAGGAGAACGCCUGCCGGUUAACAUUGCACGCUGCGCAGGCGCUGGGCAUUGCUAGCCUGAGAAGUGGUCAGUUAGAAGUUUUCAUGGACCGUCGACUGAUGCAGGAUGAUAACCGUGGUCUUGGGCAAGGUCUUCAAGAUAACAAGAUCACAUUUAAUUUAUUCAGACUUCUUUUAGAGAAAAGGACUGGAGUAGAUGAGGGUGAAGAAAAGAAGUCUGUCAGUUAUCCAUCACUGUUAAGCCAUGUCACAUCCUCUUUCUUAAACCAUCCGGUAAUCCCUAUGGCCGUUCAGGCGGAGAUUGGUGCUCCUCCGCUACUAGAUGCCUUCUCUCCGCUCCAGUCUUCAUUGCCCUGCGAUGUGCACUUCGUCAAUUUGCGGACAAUUCAGGCAAAGGUGGGGCCUUCAGAAGAAGCGGCUCUCAUUCUUCACAGGAAAGGAUUUGACUGCAAGUUUGCAAAUAAAGACGUUGGGCUAUACUGUUCUACAUCUCAGGGAAAGAUGCAGGUUCAUGAACUUUUUGGCGGAUUCAAAGUUGAGAGCCUAAAAUCAUCCACAUUAUCCUUAAUGUACUCCCCUUCAAACGCUCAGAACUUAAGUACAAUCAACAUGAGCCCCAUGGACAUUAACACAUUCCGAAUAAAACUGAGGUGAACGUUGCUCCAUGUGACAACCACGUUUCCUGUGUUUCACAUGCAAUAAAGAAGCACAUUGUUACACCAACUUCUGGACACUGUGAGGAUAUCUUUCAGCCUUCUCUAUUGAAAACACCUCCAAUGGAAGCCAUGCUCCUUCAUCUUCCAUAGAGUAGAAUUUGAGUGAAGCAUUAUCUCUGUAUUCUCAGGUUUAAUGGAUUAAUAAUUUGCUUGCUUGUCCAAUUUAUGAAUCCACUAGUGCAACUGAAGGAAAAUGCUUUACAAAAUGUGUUCCUUAUUAAGCACUUGAUUUGUAGCUGGUGCCAAAUACUGAUGACGAUUGAUGUGUGAAGGGGCUUAUUUAGCAUGGAACGUGGAAGUGAUCUGGAACCUGUAGCAGCCAAGGUAGUCUUUUAUUGAUUAGUCUGCCUCAAUUGGUUGGCAGGACUUACCGCUCAUUUCUGCAUUUCUUUAGGGUGCCUUCACAUGCUUCAGAUUUUGUGGCAGAAAAUUCUGUGAAUGAAAAUCUGUUCCAUUCACCUUAUUGGGGCUUGCAGAAAUCCAUGUGCUUGCUGCCCUAUUCAAAUGAACACUGAUUUUCAGUCGUGGAAUUUUCUGCCACAAAAUAUGCUGCGGGUGAAGCCACCUUUAUGAUAACUCCAAUUAAGCCUCAAGUGUAUGUAUGUGUAUAUA